AUGAGCGUCGAGAAAAGAGGUCGCCCAUUUACGGCAAAAUUUCCGCAGAGUCCCGAAAAUGGUGAUGAAGUGCUGAUACGUGGAAAGUUGUGCGACGAUGCAAGGAACUUUUCCGUGAAUUUCUGCCUGCCACGGCCACCGCAAGUCAUGCCGCACCAGACGCCCUCGUACAUUGCGUACCAUUUUAAAACGAUUUACGAUGAGAACGGCGAAAGCCGCGUGGUGCAGAACUGGAAGAACGUGCAGUGGCAGCAGGAGGAAGUCUUCGAUAAUCACUGGCACGAGGAUCGAAGCAAAACGUUUCGCAUGAUAUUCCGACUGCACGAGGACACUAUCAAGAUGUUCCGAGACAGUGUGGACCAUCCGCCGGACUACGAAUUUACGGUGCAGCUGCCGCUCAAUCAGAUAGAAUCGAUCGAGCUGUGGGAUGGUGUGGAGAGCGUUGAAGAGAUUUCAUUCCGGUACGAUAACAGAAACGGUAAGUCAUGCGCGUUCGAACGGACGCCGUUAAACAUUUACAUUCGGCUCUGA